AUGGCGUAGUGCUUAACUGUUUAAACACAGGGUAAUUUUUGCCCUACGGGAAUAGAGGACAUCUUCAUGAAGACCUACACACGUGUCUAGACGCAUCUGCAGUGUAAAUUGCUCAAUAUUUACAAGAGAGAAAAAAGAAUCAUAUAUAGAGUUGUAGAGAAAAGUAAAACAUAUAUUCUGUGUUCAGUGCUGAUUUUCCGCAAGCAUUACGGUUUUUGAGGUUUGACAUACAGUAAUACAGCAUUCACACUUCAAUUCAGUAGCACCUGUGCCAUCUCAGUUUUGAAUCUUAAUGAAGAAGAAAGAUCACUGUAACCACUAGUAAAAUCACGGAUUCCUCAGAAUGCUGAGUGUUACAAAUGCAAGAUUUGUGGCCACAGUUGUACUGCCUGCAAUCACCUUUUUCUUUGGAAUCCUGCCUAUUGCGUUUCCUUCCCGACAAAGAUGCCCUCUUCUAAUCUCAGCAUUUCUGUGCUUUGGUGCUGGAGUUCUACUCUCCGUAUCCUUGCUUCACAUGCUGCCAGAAGCACAUGCAGGUGCGCCUGAUCUAGCUGAACUCUCCUUCUGCAUUGGUUUUCUUUUUUUGUACCUUGUUGAUGAAGUGGUCCACUUCUUUUGUGCGUUUUGCAAUCGUAUUGGCAAAGAACAGGGCUCAGUUUUUGGAUUCAAUCGUUCAACUUCUGUUUUACCAUCUUCAUUGUACCGUAGGGCAGCAGAACAACAGCAGCAUGUCCUAUAUGACCAGAAUAGUUUUGAUGGUGAUAGUGGCAGUGAUAGUGAGGAGACUGAGCUUCAUUAUGGAAACCGUCUCAACAGUAAUCAUCCAAGACGAUUUUCUGGUGGAAGUGUUACAACUGAGCCACAAGGUGCUGGAAGGGCAGUAGCGUCUAGCUAUGCUCAGUCACUUUGCAAGAAUGACAGACCAUCUACCAGUUAUGGUAGCAUGAGCACCACAGAAAGAAACAUUGUUGAUGCUGAGUAUGGUAUUCAUGUCAGUCAUAAAAGCAAUGGAAUGCAACAGACUUCAGCUUCAGCAGAUUUGAGACAAACAGACUUAACGGGCUCUUCUGUAUAUAAUGCUAUUUAUCUCUCACAAAGAAGGCGAGAUACAAUUAUGUCAACCCAUAAUUUUCUUGCCCAACAGGAGCAAAGUUAUGGAACUGAUCUUAACAUACUGUGUCAUAUUAAAUAUUCUCCACCAUGUCCACAGUCUAGGGUAGGUCAUAUAGGUCUGUUCAUAGCACUGACUUUCCAUGCGACAUUGGAAGGCGUAGCUGUUGGUAUUGAGCCAUCAGCUGAACAAGUACUGCUGCUGGCUGGAGCAUUAGCAUGUCACAAGUUUGUAGUGGCGUUUUGCUAUGGUCUGGAACUUAGGGCUUCUGGCCAUGGAUGUAUCGGUGUGUUUGGACACUUAUUCUUUUUGUCACUUGGCUCAUUGCUAGGCAUAGUUCUUGGCGGAUUACUGGCAGAAAAUGAGCAUGUUCACAUAAUCUCUGGACCUGCUGUAUCCAUUAUCCAGGCAAUUUCUGCUGGAACUCUUCUGUACAUUACAGUAUGUGAAGUAUUGCCCAGAGAACGUGCAAAAUGGCAUCACCAUGGUGAACACAGGGCUGCUGGGAUCCUACAAUUUGCAUCACUUGCAGCUGGUUUCUGUGUCAUGUAUGCUGUUACCUCUUAUGUAAAUAAAGCAUUAACUGAAGGAUAACUUAAGAGUGUGGCCUUAUGGGUUAUAACACCAUGUGUUUUUGUAUAUGAUUACCAACAUUUUAGAAGAACAGAUGUAGCAGUAUCUUUUGAAAUGCUGGUACUCAGUUGUGUCUCAGUUGUACUGUAUUUAUGGCUUUUGUAUUUGUAUGACUUGUUCCACAUCCUACAGUCAUUCUGACUUACUUUGGAUCUAUGGAAUGUAAUAUAUAAGUAUGUGCAUAUGUAUAUGUAUGUACUAGUUACAAAACUAAUACCUUUCAAAGCAAUUUUUAUCACAAUGCAAGUGACACAGAAUUGUUAAGUAACUAAAAUCGUCCAAAUAAAAAAAGAUUAAAAGGUGAAGUUGCCCCAUACUUAAUCAGUUAAGCACCAUGCCAUGAAGCUGUAGGAUGAAUGGAUGUACGAGUAUAGCUCCACCAUUUUUGAACUUGGCACUUCAUGGAGAUGAGUGGUCAGCUUUGCACCCUGGCUGCUUUACCCCUGGGACAAGAGCCCCCAGUACACACUUGAUAGAAGGUUAAAUUAUCCAGAUAUUACAGACACAAAAUAAUUGAGGAAAUGGUUUGUACCUCUUAUAAACUCUAUCAUUAUCAAUGCAGCAUAACCACAUGAUGUAUGAGUAUUUGUUACAGUUGAAAACCUUCUGCUAUAAAAAUUUUGGCAGAGAAUUUAUGGUAUGUUGCCAUUUGCAAGGACAGUAUUAACAUUUACAUAAAGAAAUUGAUUUUGAUCAUGUGAACUGAACUGAGUUGGCUAAGGAUUGCAUCCAGUUGUGAAAUUUUGUAGCGAGUAUUCCAUAACAAUAUUCAUAUUACAUAUUUAUACUGUGUGAAACCCAAGAGAAUUUUAAUCUGUGUUGGGAUAUUUUCUAUAUUUAUUUGUAUUUCAUUAUAUGACACUGUUAACAGCUCAGGCUAUAUAACAUCGAAUGAUCUGAUGGUACUUAAUUGGAAGGGAUGUGGAAGGUAGAAAUUGUGGCCUUAAUUAAUGUACUAAAUCGGAAUUUUCCUAGAGGAAUUGAGAAAAAUCACGGAAAACAGACCCAUUGUACUCAGUGUUCUGGCUGAGAUUCAAACCUGGUACCUCUUGAACAUAGAUGAGAAGCAUUAUGAAUUAUCUCAGUAGAGUUGAGACAAAUAUAAGCUUAACAUCAUCUUAUAAUUCGGUAAUUCUCUUCAUUAUCAUACAGUAUGCUGUACUAAGAAUUAAUUCAGAUCAUGAACAUUACUCAAAAGCUUACAUUAAAAGCAGUGCAUUUUGCAAUUUGCAUUUUGCAUUUUGCAUUUUGUAUUAAGCACUAAUUUUCAGCUAUUUCGAUCAGUGACUAUGUGAAACGUCAAUGUUAUUUAUAGAAUCCGUGUUUCUGUAUAGAAAUAUUAUAAUUUAAUUACAUUUAUAAAGUUCGCACCACUUGCUGUCAUACCUCUAGCCAAGUCAGAUUUGUGUCGUCGUCAUAGUCCUCAUCAUCACCAUAAUCAUCAUCUUAUUUUUCUUUUUCGGACAUUUCCGCUUUAUGUAGAGUGUCUAAUAACCAAGCCUUUCUAUCUGUCUAUCUCUUCCCAAAGCUGCUUCUUAUUUUAUCUUAUGCAUUUCCUUCCAUUCAAAACUUUUUUUUCCCUCUUGAUCUCUGUCUUUCUUUUGGGUGUUUUCUUUUUAUUUUCAUGCUCAGGACUUCUGGGAUUCUCUCCGGUUCAUUCUUAAAAUGUUUCCAUAUUAUUAUUUCUGUUAUUUAUUAAUUUAUCUUCCAACAUAUUUUAUUUCAGAAUCCUGUUGCAUUGAAAUAUCAAAUAGUCUUCUACUGUCUAUAAUGCAAAAAUAUUAAUAUAGAUGUAUAUGACACUAAUCCACGUUUAAUUCACUAAAAUAUUCGUUAAAAUGUUUAAAAGUAUCAUUAAAAUAUAUAUACAUUCCACAUUUAUGUGCUACAUGUUUCACAAGUCAACACAUGAUACAAAUAACCAACAGAGUGGCCCACCCAAUGGGGCACAGAGCGGCCACAAUUCAAACAACAGGAAGAACAAACAUCCUAUAAAACCAAAAUGAAUAACGACAUAUAUUAAGAGUAAAUUUGGUAAAUUGCAGACCUGACAAAAAGUAGAUGUGGCCUGCAGGCAUAAUGUUGGUUACUGGGUUUCUGUGAGUUCCACCCUAAUGGAAAUGUCAAUAAACAGUGAUAAAGGUGACUAGAUCUGCAUGCCAUCUAGGUAGAAGGCUGCCAAACAGGUAAUGGCCAUCUGACAGCGUCCACACACCUUUGGUUAAUUUGUGAUCAGAGAAAUGAGAAAUACUUUUAAUUGUAUCAGAUUAGCCAUUUCCAAGCUAAAUGUGAAUAUUGUUUUUUUCUGGAACCACUAUGUGUAUUGGUGUGCAAAUCAUAUUACUGUUCCACACAUCUAGAAGUUCCUUUGCAACCCCCCCACCCUCCCCAAUAUCAGCUUUCGCAAAAAUUGGUUAUGAUUAGUAACAG